CAAGCAACUGAAGCAACUGCAGCGACUGAAGCAACCAAGCAACCAAGCAGCCAAGCAACCAAGCAACAAGCAAGCAGCCGUCCUGCGCACACAGCCAGCCUGUCAACGCUCCACGCUCGAGCGCCUUCCCUCUCCCAUAUUUCCACAAUGUCUGGCAUCGAUGCUCCCGAAAUCGUCGACGCGUACAAUGCGGUGCGGUCGGAGAAGGACGAAACCAAUUGGCUGCUGAUCUCGGAUGCCGGGCCCAAAGGCAACCAGCUCGUACUGUCGCAAACCGGCACCGGUGGCCUGUCGGAACUCGCAGAACUCCUAGACGACACCCAGGUCCAGUAUGCCUACGUGCGCGUCGAGUACGCCAACGACGCCGAGAGCACGCGCGUCAAGUUUGCCCUCGUCAUCUGGAUAGGCGAGCAGACAAGAGUGAUGCGCAAAGCCCGCGUCAGCAUCGAGAGCGGCGACGUCAAGCAGAUCCUCUCCCAUUCAAGCAUCCAAGUCGAGACGGGCGACAAGGACGACCUCAACGAGGAAGACAUCGUAGACCGACUACGCAAGGCCGGCGGCGCCGACUACAAUGGCGGGAGGGGGUGACGGCUGCUGUGGCGCCAUUGCUGGGUAGAAAUCCCGCAUUGGACAAACCAAAUAAGAAGAAAUAAGAAGCUGUUGGACACGGGAAGUUUACAAUUACAUCUUUCAGAAGAAUUACUAGCGCAAUGGCUCGAUGCGCUGCGGUGCGUCCCAUCCAACUAGCAUUGCCACUUUUACCUCGCUCACCCCUUCCCUCGUAACGCUCGCCUUGACCUUUUGCCCGCGACUGCCGCUUGGGUGUGGC